GGCGGACGGGCGCGCACGAUGGAGCCUUGGAAGCAGUGUGCUCACUGGCUCAUCCAAUGCCGGGUGUUGCCGGUCAAUCACCGGGUGACUUGGGACGCGGCGCAGGUGUUCGACCUGGCCCAGACCCUUCGCGAUGGAGUCCUGCUUUGCCAGCUGCUCAACAACUUGCGCCCUCACGCCCUCAAUCUCAAGGAGAUCAACCUGAGACCUCAGAUGUCCCAGUUUUUGUGCUUGAAGAAUAUAAGAACAUUCCUUUCUGCCUGCUGUGAAAUAUUUGGUAUGAAGAAGAGCGAACUCUUUGAAGCAUUUGACUUGUUUGAUGUUCGUGAUUUUGGAAAGGUUAUAGAAACUUUAUCCAAACUUUCUCGCACCCCUAUUGCUUUAGGCACUGGAAUAAGGCCCUUUCCUACCGAAGAGAGUGUUAAUGAUGAAGACAUAUACAAAGGCCUUCCAGAUUUAAUAGAUGAAACGAGAGUGAAUGAGGAUGAAGACCUUUAUGAUUGCGUUUAUGGGGAAGAUGAAGGAGGUGAAGUGUAUGAAGACCUAAUGAAAGCUGAAGCAGCACAUCAGCUUAAAUGUCCUGAGAAUGACAUAAGAACUUGCUGUCUUUCGGAAAUAAAACAGACUGAAGAGAAAUACACCGAAACACUGGAAUCAAUUGAAAAGUUUUUUAUGGUGCCAUUGAAAAGAUUUCUGACACCAUCAGAAUUUGAAACAGUAUUCAUCAACAUUCCUGAUUUGGUGAAAAUCCACAGAACUUUAACACAAGAUAUUCAUGAAUCCAUUGUAAGCAAAAGUGACCAGAAUUUGUAUAAAAUUUUUAUUAGCUACAAGGAAAGAUUGGUGAUUUAUGGGCAGUAUUGCAGUCAAGUAGAGACGGCUAUUUCCUGUUUGGAUGUUAUUUCCAAGACAAAGGAAGAUGUUAAGCUGAAAUUGGAGGAAUGUUCCAAAAGAGCUAAUAACGGGAAAUUUACUCUGCGGGAUCUCCUUGUAGUUCCAAUGCAACGAGUUCUGAAGUAUCAUCUGUUACUUCAGGAGCUGGUAAAGCACACUAACGACAUAACUGAGAAGGCAAAUCUAAAGUUGGCCCUUGAUGCAAUGAAGGACUUGGCACAAUAUGUAAAUGAAGUGAAGCGAGAUAAUGAAACCCUCCGUGAAAUUAAGCAAUUUCAAUCAUCAAUAGAAAAUUUGAACCAAUCCCUCUUACUCUAUGGAAGACCCCAGGGUGAUGGUGAAAUAAAGAUAACGACUCUGGACAAACGAGCAAGACAAGAUAGGCAUAUCUUUUUAUUUGACUUGGCCGUAAUAGUAUGCAAACGGAGAGGUGAUAAUUAUGAAAUGAAGGAUAUAAUUGAUCUUCAGGAAUACAAAAUAAGCAAUAACCCUACCACUGACAAGGAGAGUAAAAAGUGGUCUUACGGCUUCUACCUCAUCCACACACAAGGACAAAAUGGCUUAGAACUGUACUGCAAAACCAAAGAUUUGAAGAAGAAAUGGCUCGAGCAGUUUGAAAUGGCCCUGUCAAACAUAAGGCCCCAGUUUGCAGAAACAAGUACACAUGACUUUAAAAUGUAUACCUUCACUCGUGUAACAUCCUGCAAAGUCUGUCAGAUGCUUUUGAGGGGAACAUUUUAUCAAGGCUACUUAUGUUCGAAGUGUGGGGCUGGAGUCCACAAAGAAUGUUUGGGAAGACUCGACAACUGCAGAGUUAAUUUAGUUGAACAUGGAACCCUGAAACAUGAGAAACGACUGAAUGGACUUCGAAAGAGUUCCAGGCAUAUGGACUCAGGUUUACCAAAAAUGCAAGUGAUUAGAAACUAUACCGGGAUUCCCCAGCCGGUUCCACCGGAUGGUCCUCCAUUAUUCAUCCAGAUUGGAGACAUCAUUGAACUCAUCAAAGGAGAUGCACACAGCUUAUUUUGGCAGGGUAGAAAUUUAAUGACCCAGGAGCUUGGUUUCUUUCCAAGUGAUGCAGUAAAACCUUGCCCAUGUGUCCCUAAGCCAGUAGACUAUUCUUCUCAGCCAUGGUACGCCGGAAAAAUGGAAAGAUUACAAGCAGAAGCGGAACUUAUUAACCGGGUAAACAGCACUUACUUAGUGCGGUAUAGGACUAAAGAAUCAGGAGAAUAUGCCAUUAGCAUUAAGUACAAUAAUGAAGUGAAGCACAUCAAGAUUUUCACAAGAGAAAGCUUUUUUCACAUUGCAGAGAAUAAGAAAUUUAGAAGUUUAAUGGAACUUGUGGAAUAUUACAAACACCAGUCUCUCAAAGAAGGCUUCCGAAGUUUGGAUACGACUCUUCAGUACCCAUACAAAGAAUGUGAAAAUACACAGGAUCAAAGGAGCCACCGAGCAAGCAGCAAUUUGCUGAGUCCCAAAGUCCUCGGGAUAGCCAUCGCUCGCUAUGAUUUCUGUGCAAGAGACAUGCGUGAAUUAUCCCUGCUCAAAGGAGAUGUGGUCAAAAUAUACACAAAAAUUAGCGCCAAUGGCUGGUGGAGAGGUGAAGUCAAUGGAAGGGUGGGCUGGUUUCCAUCGACCUAUGUAGAAGAGGACGAAUGACUGGCAGAUCCAGUUGGUACUUUUGACCAUAAAUUUCAGGGACUAUGAAAGCACCAUUGAAGUGUCUGCAGAGCAUUAUUCAUCCUGCUAAGUAUUUGAAAUGCAGCUCUUCUGUCUAUUGAAACUUUCCAGACCCCAGCACUGGAAUUCCUGAAGACGUUUGUGCUGACAGCUUGAAUAUCUCAUUCAGAGAGGUGCAAAGAAGCUGCUUCGCAACUUCCCAUCACUGGGGACCAGUCCCAAACUCUAAACCUCACCUUCCUGGAAAAAAAGAAAGAAAAUCAUUUCAAAACAGACUUAUUUUAAAAAGACUUCAUUUCAUUCCAUCUACAGUGAAUACUAAGUAUGGCUAGCAGUUUAUGAGCUCUAUCUUUCUGUUAAGUGAAAUCUCUGAUGACAGUUAUCACUUUUGGCUUCUUCCAGAGGGAAAUGUUUGAGCAUUCCGGUAAUCAUGUGGUCAAUAUUAUUUCUCCUGAAAUAUCUUACAGCACUAAUUAACUUUGCCAAUAACCACACUCGUCACCAGUUCUGCAAUCUCUCAAUACACUUUUUUGGGGACAAAGCAUAAAUUCAAUGUGAUUUGCAUGCCAUUUAGUGGAAUGGGGAUGGGGGAGAGAGAAUAUAAGCAAAUUUAGUGUUUAAAUCCAGGGAUGUUUUAACUGGCUUAUUGGAGUCUUUUAUUACAAUAUUUUAUGGAACCAAGUUUUUAAAAAAGCGGUUGUGACUUAUACAAUUAUAUUUGAAAAAGGAAUUAAUAGAAAAAGCUGCUUAAUAUAGGGUACUCCAUUCAAAACUUUACAUUUUAAUACACAAGCCCAUGCGAUAUGCUAAAAUCUGUAUAUUUAAGAGAAUUUCUACAAUUUUAUAGAGAAAGCUUUGGGAACAGUUAGAUUGUAUCUCUUGACCAUUAUUAAAAAUUCUACUAACGUUCAGGGUAGCUAUGAUUGUCAAUCAACAGGAUCAAUGGUCUUGCAAAAGGCAUUGUGGGUCCUUGAGAUGAUUGUAUUACAUAGAAAACAAGUAAUUCAGGUGAAUAAUACUGUGUCCUAUGCUCCAUUCUGUAGUUGAGGUGAAUGAUUUCAUAAAGAUGUAACCCUUUUCUCUCUUUCGUUGGGUUUUAAAGUUUGGUUAAGUUGAAAGCCAUUGCCACAAAUAAUAUUUCACCUGAGAUUUCCCUUGUUUUGAGCUCUUGGGAUAAAUUAAGAAGAUCACUAUAGUUUUCAAAAACAGAGUCUUCAAGGGUUGUGUUUAUGUUCCAGCCCAUAAUUUUGAAACACACACACACACACACAUGAUAUCAGGGGUGGGUUUCAAAGCCCGUUGCUACCGGUUCGCUCGUGGGCGUGCUUGCGUGCGUGCGACACUUCUGUGCAUGUGCAGAAACAUCCAGGCAUGUGGGCGGAGCCUCCUGCCACCACUGCUACUGGUUUACCUGAUCUGGGGCGAACCGGUAGCAACCCACCACUGCACGGUAUUCUUAAAAUAGAUUGAGCCGUAGUAGCUUAAUAUCUUAAGUAGAAAAUGCCCAAUAAAUGCUCAUAAAAGCUCACAAAAUACUGGGUGCAGUUCAUACAGUGACUUUGGAAUUUGUGAAGGCUCAAAUUCCUACAUAUGAGAUCUUCAUAUUUUCCAGGGAAACUCCUCUGAAGUUGGUGUGUCCUUUAUAAAAGGUAGCCCAAUUGGAUAGAACUUCAGUCAGAAAUGCAAAUCAAGAAACCUUUAUCUUCUAUUGAUUCACAAAAGGGCCUUUGGAUUGAUUUUGGAUCAGAUAUAAUCAAUAGACUCUGGCUGACUUUCCCAGACCCUGAGGUUUGUCUUAAUGUUAAAUAAACCAGUUAUUUAAUUAUACAAAAAUUGUAAAAAAAUUUCUUCCACUAUGCAUGUAUGCAGUAUUUAAAUAAAUUACGCAGGUUUGAUCCUUCCUUCCUUCACACUUGCUUCUGAUGGAAACGUUGCCUAUUGCUUAUUGAACAGUUGCAAAGACAUGUACCGGUAGCACUUAUAAACUAAUCCAAGUCCAUCAUCAAACAAUGAUAAAUUAAUAGAUAUAAAGGGGAAGAGGAAGAUGCACAGGUUAGAAAUGGUUUCAACUUCUCUGGACUUCUAUCUUCAUAAUUUAAUGCUAGCAGAUAAAGCUUUUGGUCUUGAGAAAAAGUUCAAAAUUAUUUAUUGAAGUCAUUAUUUUGUUGGAACCAAUGACAACCUUUAUAUCUGUUUCUGCGAUUGUAUGUAAUCAAAUGUCCUGUGCUGAAAUGUUAGUUAGGAAUGUGUCCUUGAUAUUUUUUGAUCUAGUGAUCUGAUCCUUAAGUUAGCAAAACUGAUGAUCAGGAGAUUUGCCUCUUUUUCAUGGAGAAAAGUUUGGUCUUUAGUUUGCAUCAUGAUAUUCCAUCAUUGCUUAUAUGUCUUGGAAGGAAGAAUCAAGUUAAGGUAAAAAAAUAAAUAAAUGGAGAAAUGGGUUGUUUGACCAAAACAUUUUGAAGGAGUUUAAAAGCUACAAAGUUGAUGUUUGGUAAUAUUUUGCAACUCAGGUGGAACUUGAAUACUAUAUCUAAACAAUUUUUUCCAUUAUAUUUUCUCACAAAGCUUCUGCAUUAACCUCUGUAAACACACACACACACACACACACAGAUGCCACUUGGUAUUCACCGUAAAUCUAGCGAGACUUUUUGUGGCAGAUAAAGGGCAGGCAGCAAUUUAACCUCACUUGCUUGUCCCUUGGUGUCACAAUUACCCGUUUCUUCAGCUUUUCUUUCUUGUUUGUGCUGUAACCCAGGGAAGGGGGUGGAUGGGUUAUUUUUUGCUGCUUGAAAUAUUUUGAUUGGAUUUGGCUGAUCUGGUGUGAAUCCCUUUGCAUACAUUAACCUUCUCAUUUUCAGGAAGGGACUGGAGAAUUCAGUCAUUGAGGAGUUCCUCCAUAAGUGCGCAAAGUUUUAGGUCAGGACUCUGCUCUUUCUUGUCUUCAUUAAAUGCCCUGUGUUGAGUAAGUGAAAUGCUGCAUCAUUGCUAUAUUUCAAAUACCAAAGAUUUAGUAGGCUGGAGCCUUGCUGCCUCUUUAUUUCCCUGCAAUGCCUAUUUAUUUUCCCUGUGUCAGACCUUGCUCUCAUGCAGUGAGCUGGGGCAGUACUUUAAUUUGUAAUGUUAUGUAAAUAUGUGAAUAUAUUAAUAAACUGGUUAAUUACUUGUUUAAUGA